AUGCCUCAGCCCGAUCCUCUCAGCUGGACUUUGUUGUUCAAAAAGCACAGAACGACCGUGCUUCUGAUGCUUCCUGCAUCCGAAACGGUCGCCGCAACCAAAAACGCAUUGCUUCGGGCCCUUCAAGCGCGGGGCCUGAGAGAUAUAAAUGGAGAUGUCGUUCCGGGGGACGCUUCUGAGAUUGAGCUUGGAGUUCCGGUAGACAAGAAUGACCUGGAAAAGGGCUGGACGAAGCUUGAGGUUGACCCCGCCGACUUCGAUGCUGCUGAUGCGCCCAAACGAGGAGCCCUGAAGAAGGCAGCCGGCUCGCUCACCUUACUAGCUGCUGAUAUCAAGAAUGGACAAGCAAUCGCAUUCAGGUUCCGGAAGACUACGCCCGACGAUUCUGAGAAGAACGACGAGUUGGCCGAGCUAGACCUAGAAGAUCCAGGAUGGGAUGUUGUCCUCCCUAGCUUCGAAGACGAAGACGAUGACAUUCAGAACUGA